AUGGCCGACACCGACGACGACUUCUUGUUCGGCGCACCGCCCGCGGCCAACGACCGCAGCAGCGCCGCGCCGGCAAAGCUCGAGUACGAAGACCUCUUUGGCGCGCCGCCGGCGCCGGCGAGCAUAGCAACGGCUGACGAUGCAAGCACGCUCUUUGGCCCGCCACCGCGCGACGCCGCCGCCGACGCCACGCACCUCGUCGUCCUGCAGCAUGGCCUCCACGGCAGCCCGUCUGACUACCACACGUUUGCCUUCAUCCUCCGCGACGUCUUCCGGGACGAGCCAGGGCUCUACAUUGUUGCUGCCGCCUCGAACGCCACAGACACACACGACGGUAUUGACGCCGGCGGGCUACGCUUGGCCGACGAAGUCGAGCACCUCGCGGCCUCCUGUCCUCGGCUCGAGAAGGUGUCUCUGAUUGGCCACUCGCUCGGUGGGCUCUACGUGCGCUACUGCAUUGGCGUCUUGUACGCGCGAGGCUUUUUCGACCAGAUCACGCCCAUGAACGUCAUUACGCUCGCCGCGCCGCACUUUGGGGUCCGCGCACCGUUCAACAAUAGGGGUGCUGUCAACGCCGUUGUCAACACCAUUUCGUCCAAGCUCUUUGAUCGGACCGGGGCGCAAUUCGUGCUCCAGGACACUGCGUCCUCCACAUGCGUGGCGCUGGCCACGCACGCGGUCCCGCUGCCAAUGGCGCCCAUGACAGGCACGCUCGAGAUCCAGUUGCCCGCGCCAAACGUCGGGUACGCGCUGCUGGCGUACCGCCUUCGCGACGGUCGCCUCGACAUCUUGUUGGACCCGACGGACCACGACCCGAUCUUUUCGUUUUCUCUGGAUGGUAUGAACGCAUUGCUUUUUGUGCCCGAGCCGACGCCGGCUACGAAUGACGUCGAGACCGAAGCGUCGAGCUACCUCUACGAUGACGACGCGGCCGAGACGGCAAUCGCGCGGGAUACGGUCUUGCAGCUCCACAACGCCGAUCACAGCCUCUCGAUCGAAGUGCGCAUGGCCACCAGUGUUGACUGGGCGCUCUUGCAUGCCGUUCUGCGCUAUCUCGGUCGCCUUCGGUGCGUCAACUAUGUUGGUGACAAGAACCUCGUGCGCGCGAGCCUCGUCCGCGUCGCGUCGGCGCCGUCGCUGCUGCAGUGUCUGAGCCAAGGCGCGUUUUUGUUUGGCCUAGCAAGUUUUCGCCGGCGCGCGCUCUACUCCAACAUCUUUUUUGACAUUCAGGUGCCGUUUGCGGUUGGAUCGAUUCGGAGCUUCAACCCGUAUCAAAACAACGCGAUCUCGUGCGCCACGUCACCAUUGUACCCGCACUUGACGCUGCACUCGCUCGCCAACGCGCCGCUCCAGCGCGAUACGCUGCCGUCACAACGCUGGGCCGACAUGGACAUCUAUCCCGUGCUGUCGCCGAUGCCAAAAGGUCGUUUUGACGGCUGGGGCAACAUUGGCCAGUACUUGUUUCAGGCCAACAAAUCAACGCCGUCGACACCAUCGGCGACCAGCAGCCAAAGCCAUGGCAGUGACCUGCUUUCGCCGUCGUCCAGUCCGCUCUCGCCGUCGGGACUCCUCGCCGGUCGUCACGUCACCGUCGUGUCCAAAGAUUCGGCCCACGUGCUGGUCGAUAGCCCUGAAGAUGCCUUUGUCCACGACCCCUUGCGCGACAUUCUUCGAGGCAUGCUCGUCUCGCUCCAGGCGCUGCCGUACGAGCGCGCGGAUGUGCUCUUUGACGGCGUCUUGGGCCACGAACGCAUCAUUGCCAAGCGCCACACGGCCUUUUCGCCGAGUGAGUCGGGUGUUGACGUUGUGCAUCAUGUUGCCGAUACGCUUCUUUUGUAAACGUACAGUCCGCUCAGACAAUGCUUAAGCUAGAGCUCGUUCAACACCUACUAAGCUAGAGCUCGUUCAACACCUACUAGCAUGUGCAAAUGUCUUCUCUACCAUA